AUGAAGGACUCCUGUAAGAUUUCGGAAGCUCAGGAUAAUAAAAAACUGCAUCCGGUGCUCGAGAGUCCUGUUUCGUUAUUCAUUAUAAAUCUAUUUACGGGUCGUCCCUGCACGUGCCAUGUUGUGGGGUACACGGUAGACAUCAUGCGUAACGAUGCUCGAUUUGUCACUAAGACUUGUCGCCAACCCUUGCCUACCUACCUCCAGGUUGCUACUGUCAUCGACAUAUUUAGUAGCACAUCAUCAUCAUCAUUGACAGCGCUGUUGCCCGGAUUAAUUACGAAUGCUACCAACAUACCUACCAUCAUUAUCAUUACCACCAUCUUACAGACUUACAUUGUCAUGGCCAUUACGCUGGCAUCACCACCUCGCCUCUAA